AUGCGAUGGCGCCUCAAGUAUAUACCUGUGGCCCUGAACGAUCUCAGUGGGACGAACGCUCGACCUCCCGAUGAUUUAUGGGGGAAAGCACUCCAAGGACUCAAGACGGCAGACCAGAUUACUAUUCGGGAGACAACUACUUCUACAGAUCGACUCGCAGUCCUGCAAGAUGUGCUUGCACUGGCACAAGGAUCAGAGCGUACUUCCCAGGAAAAGCAAUGGAUAUGGAAGAAUCGAAAGGGAGAGGUCAUCGUUGUUCGUGACCUUUUUGCGAAGAUGAUCACUUGGAUUGAGAAGUUCAAGGGUAUUGGUGACACGAUUGUACGGUACGAUCCUGGACAUGCUACUCUGCCAUGGGCCGUAACACGUCUGUUACUUCAAGCAGUUGUCAAUGAUGUACAAACAAAUGGAGCUAUGCUUGAUGGACUUGAGCUGGUCUUCAAUCUCAUUGCCAAGUCUGAAGUCAUCGAACGGCUUUAUCUGCGGAGAACGUCUCCGCUUCAGGUACCACUGAAUAAAUACAUUGUCGCACUUUACACUUCUAUUCUCGAAUUUCUCCUCGAGUCUCAUCGAUAUUUUGGCCAAAGGACAAUCAAGAAAAUCGCGAAAAGCAUUUUCCAGCUUGAAGAAUUUUCUGCCAACUACAUAUCGAAGAUCGAGCGGAACAUGGCUGAAGUCGAAGGAUAUGUUCGACUUCUGUCUGGUGAAAUUGUGAGCCACGCAAAUGCUACGUUGACAGAUAUAUCACAGCGGAUGACAAAGCUGGACAUGCAAUCUGAAAAGCUCGACAGUGUAGACACACGUCUUGUCAACAUCCAAGAUUCACUACAAGCCGACAUAAGAACUCUAAAGCAGACUUUGAAAGAUCUGAACGAGCCAACGAAUCGACUCGCGCGCCAAAUUCGAACACUGGACGAUAACUUGAAGGAAGAGGAGCUUUUGAGAAUCUUCGAGUGGCUUUCAACAGUCGAAUAUCGAAGCCACCAUCGUGGCAUAGCCAAAAGUCUCCUUCCAGGCUCUGGCAAGUGGCUUUUGGAGAAACGGGAAUUCAGUGACUGGAUGAGCAGAAGCACUUCGUCCAUUUUGUGGCUGCAUGGUAUACCUGGCUCUGAAAAGAGCAUGCUAAUUGCGCAUGUCAUUGAGUAUCUGCAGAGUCGAAGUACCGAAGACGGCGGAUUAGCAUACUUCUACUGUGCUCGUAGCGCAAACGAGCCCGAGAGGGCGGAUCCGGUUGAAAUGCUGAGAUGCCUUGUGGAGCAGAUGUCUUGCUUGAGUGAGGACGAACCAGUUCAAAUGCCAGUUGUCAAAGCCUACAAAGACAGAAAGAAAGCAGCCCGAGGUCGGAGACCAGAGAAGUUAGGCAUGGACGAGUGUGUCGAAGUGAUGUUGGAGCUAUUACAGCUGAAUCCUGUCACUUUCAUCAUUGAUGGCUUAGACGAAUGCGAUCCAACACAACGACAAGACCUACUUGAUGCAUUUCAAAAGAUCAUCACAGAUUCUGGCAAUAUUGUAAAGAUUUUUGUCAGUAGCCGGGAUGACCAUGACAUUGUUCACCGACUAUCGAAAACACCUAAUCUGUACAUCAGAGCAUCUGAUAACAGGCACGACAUCGAAAGAUUCGUGACAUGUCGUGUUGAGGAAGCAAUCGACAAGGGCAGAAUACUUUGCGGGAAGGUGCCUCAAGAUUUAAGAGAUAUCAUUGUGGAAACUCUGAUUGAAAAGGCUGAAGGGAUGUUUCGUCUAGUCAGCCUACACGUUCAGAGCCUGUGUGAUCCGAGUCGAAUCAAGACUCGAUCGAAUGUUCUGGACACACUUGACCGACUUCCUUUGGAUUUGAAGAGAUCCUAUGACGCUAUCUUUGGUCAGAUCACAACAUCCCAAUACCCAAAUCCUGACAUAGCAACCCGGGUGUUCAAAUGGCUUCUUUUUUCCCAGGAGAAGCUCUCAGCGGAUAUUUUUGUUAUUGCCAUUCGAUCCGAUCUAGACGACCAAGACGCCCCUGAGCACGUGGAUAUCCUUAGCAUCUGCUGCAAUCUGGUCAUCCAUGACGACGAAACUAAUACUUUUCGAUUUGCACACUUGUCUGUCCUUGAGUACCUGGAGCAUCUUGAGGAUUUUUCAAAACCAAGCGCCAAUGCCUUGCUCGCCGAGCGAUGUCUGAGCUGGAUCAUAAAAAAUGGUGAAAUAUUGGAGCAGGAACGGAUUGAAUACUUGCAGAUAUACAGAGAUCCUGAACUGAUCUCACCGAAGCUGUAUGUCUUCACAGGUGCCAGCGUAAGCGCGACUCGGAGAUUUUCUGAGCACGCCGAUAUCUACUGGCCGCAAUAUGCGCGAUUUGCUGGUCCUUUCAGAAACCAAGGGCGUCUAAGAAUACUGCUUGAGACAUUGUUACUCUUGUCCACAGGAUGUCCCUUCAACAAUUCCGGACAUUUCUGCCGAUGGAUCGAUCGUCUCGACUACCGACCGCUCUACUUUGAGCAAAACCUCAUUGUAUCCAACCCUCGCAACCCACUAUUUGUGGCCACUGCAUUCAGCUUGAUUGAAGUCGUGGAAGCUCUUAUCUUUAAUAACCCAACCGCCCGUCAAGCCCAGAACUUAUCGAACUUAAAUUGUGCCCAAACUGCCGCCAAAUUUGACCAAUCGGAAUCUGUUCGUAUUAUUCUUGAAGAGAGUAGAAGACUCCUGUUACCAGUAGAUUACAUCAAGUCUGCGUUGCAGGUGGCAGCACAAUGGGGUUGCGCUACAACCUUACGAACAAUCUUAUGGAUGGUAGGGCCUGGCUUUGUAUCUCCCGAAGACUUUCAAUGUUUUGCCAGAGGCGCAUUCGGCAUUGCACAAUCAACAAGAUACGAAAAGGUUUGCGAUUUAUUUUUCAAAAACAACAACCAGCUUCGAGUCGACGAGCAACUAUGGGCAUCGGCAUUUGAAAAUGAGCAGUUUGGGCCUAUAAUAUGCCAUGCAUUGCUCAAAUUUGCAGGCGAGAUCAAUCUUACAAAUGGCCUUAUCAGAGCAGCUAGGAACAACCACUCUCACGGAUCUGAACUUCUGCAGAUAAUUCUAUUAGCGAAGAAUAAGGUCAAUUUGCACUUUGAUAUCCACAAAACAAUUGCGGAAUGUCGCGACGAGAUUUGGAUUCCUCAGCUUCUUAAACGAUGGGAGAGAAACGUUCGAGAUGAAACCAUUCCAGGUGUCCCAACAGAUCCACAGGCAGUAAAAUUAGCGUGGAACCCUGACAGCAUGAUCAUUCUGGAAAAGGCUAUGGCGGCAGAUAUUGACACAAAUGGUCUCCUGCUGGACAUUGUUCUCAGCCAAGACAAGAGCAGAUUUGAACUGAAAUGGGACCACCUAGUUGCGUUGAGGAAGAUGGAGAAGGCCGCAAAUUGUCUGCUGCUCCUACUAGACAAAAAUCCAGAUAUGGAUGAUGCCGCUAUAAACAUGAUCUUAUCUCAGUGGGAUGAAAAGAUUGUAGCAGCCUUGCUGGAAUUUCGCCAAGUGUAUAUCAUGGACGAGGUUAUCAAAACGGUAGCUGGAAACUUGAGAUCGGGUGCCAAAAUCAUGGAGUUGCUCCUGCAAGAAGAGGCGGAAAUGCUGGAUUUAAUGGAAUGA